CCGCCGUCAAUCAAAUUAGGAAAAAAACUGAUCUAAAGCGAGCGCCGACAGCGAUUAAAAUAAUCAUGCUUGGAUUGUAAUUAAACGCGGAAAUCAGGAUUCUUUUUGAAAGAACUCACGUAAUGACCGGUACGUAUGAGUUAGAAGAGCGUGAGAAGGGUCGCUUUGAAUCUUUGUGCUGGCUCUGUUUAUGCGCCUGAAGGGCCAGUGAAAGCGGGAGUCAUGGCGGACAGCAGCAACGCUCAGGACGGCGGCGGUGCAGAGCAGGACGGCCAGCCCUCGCCGCUCGCCCUGCUCGCCGCCACUUGCACCGGCCUCGGUUCGCCCGCCCACGGGGCAGAGAAUGGGGCCACCUCUAAUAAUUCUGCGGGAGUGAACGCAGACCUCACAGUGCAGUUAACAGGGUCGUCUGAUAGGUGGGAAGCGAUAAAGGACGAUUCGGGUGUCUUACAUCUCCCCGGCACCGGUAUCGUCACAUCCAACGGACAGUAUGUUCUUCCUCUCCAGAGCCUCCAGGGUCUCCAGAACCAGUCCAUCUUACUGACGUCAGGUGCCGAUGGGUCCAACGGUGCAGUGCCUAACAUUCAGUACCAAGUGAUCCCUCAGGUGCAGACGGCCGAUGGGCAGUUGGGUUUCUCUGCCUCAGCGGUUGAGGGGGGCUCAAUGGCCCAUGACUCCUCAGGGCAGAUCCAGAUCCUCCCAGACGGCACCCAGACCAUCAGCAUCACAGGAACAGCAUCAGCCGAUGUGCUCGGCAACAGUCAGAACCUCAUGACCCAGCAGUUGUCUCUAGGAAGUUCUACCUUCAGUAGUCAGGGUCAGGUGGUCACUAAUGUGCCUCUAGGUUUGUCUGGUAACAUUACCUUUGUGCCCAUAAACAGUGUCGAUCUGGACUCUCUAGGCCUCUCUGGGGCCCAGCCAAUAGCCACCGGCAUCACAGCGGACGGACAGCUGAUCAUGACCAAUCAGAGUGUGGAGAACUCAGAAGGCUCGGAGAAAGCAGGAGAACAGCAACAACAGACAUUCAACUCUAAUGCAACCACAGACAUGUUUGUGCCUACUACAUCAUCAGCAUCCUCCAUAUCCUCACAGCAACCAGCCAGCACGAUAGACGGCACGGGCGUACUCACGCAGCCUACGCCGGGUGAGCAGGGGGAUGGAUCGGCCUACCUCAGUCAGGGAGCGGUGCAGUUGCCGGGAGGACAGCAGGUGAUCCAGUUACAGCAUUUGCCCUUGCAGACCAGUGAUGGUCAGAUGUCUGCUCUAGGCCAGUCGUCUUUGCAAAACGUCCAGUUCAUCAACCCAGGAACCUUUCUCAUCCAGGCACAAACGGUCACACCAUCAGGACAGAUACAGUGGCAGACCUUCCAGGUCCAAGGAGUUCAGAACCUCCAGAAUCUUCAGCUCCAGGCAGCUCCAUCUCAGCAGAUUACUCUUGCCCCGGUGCAGACACUCUCUCUGGGUCAGGGCAGUACACCAGUUACCCUGACCUCAGGACAGAUGCCUAACCUACAGUCAGUGACGGUGAAUUCCAUGGGUCAGGCGGGCGUUCAGUUCCAGCAGUCUGAGGACACAGACAGCACUGGAGAUAUUCAGAUUAAGGAGGAGCCUGAUUCGGAGGAGUGGCCUCUGGACAGUAGCUCUACGCUGAAUGCCAAUGACCUCUCUCACCUUCGUGUUCGUUUAGUGGAGGAGGAGAUGGAGGGCUUGAGCCAGGAGGGCAAACGUCUGCGCAGGGUUGCAUGCACCUGCCCCAACUGCAAAGAGGGAGGAGGGAGGGGAUCUAACAUGGGCAAGAAGAAGCAGCACAUAUGUCAUAUACCCGGUUGCGGUAAGGUGUAUGGGAAGACGUCUCACUUGCGAGCUCACUUGCGCUGGCACUCAGGGGAGAGACCCUUUGUCUGCAGCUGGAUGUUUUGUGGAAAGAGAUUCACACGCAGUGAUGAAUUACAGCGACACAGGAGAACACACACCGGAGAGAAGAAGUUUGUAUGCUCUGAGUGUUCAAAAAGAUUCAUGCGCAGCGAUCACCUGGCCAAACACAUAAAGACCCACCAGAAUAAGAAGGGAGGGGGCGGAGCCGUGGUGACCAGUGUGGGUGGGGCGGUUUCCUCCAACAGCAUCAUCACGGCGGGGGGUACAACACUCAUCCUUACCAACAUUCAGCCAGGCACUGUGCAGGGUCUGGCCACGGUAAACGCCACCGUCAACACCUCUAGCUCACAGGACCAGCUCACCACAGCUGAGAUUCCUUUGCAGUUAGUCUCUGUGUCCACCAGGGAUGCCGCAGAGUGACUACAUGACGGCUGCAGUGAGUGUGAGCACAUGUGAUGAGUCUUAUGGGGAAUACCGGUGCUUUGAAAUGCGACCGAACAUUCAAUUGGACCGCCAAGGCUCUGCCUCUUCCGGUAUGACAUCACAUCCUCUUUUCCCGCAACCUCAGACUUUAGUUUAACUACAUCGAUUCCACGCUCGUGCAUAUACCUUGCUUUUAUACCUUUACAUAUUUACCCUACUUCACAUAAAUAUGUAUAUUAACGUGAAUGCAUAUUAUAUACACACA